AUAAAUUUAAACAGAACAGGACGUGAGCCAAGAGACUUUCUCGUAUGUAAACUUAAAAACGCGUUGAAUAGAAGAAAUGUAGUUGGCGGCUACUUGUACAUUUAAACGAUGCUUAUCUUCUUACAUCUGAAGGAUGUUUUUCUAUUAUUAUUUUUGCUGAUACUAUAUAAGUCAUGAGAUGGUCUUGUUAUGUAGUUGUGACUUGUGAGAGAGUUGGAAACACUUAACAAAAUGGCUGUCAAAACAUCAAAUUCAGUUGCUCUUCUUCUCUCAUUGUUUCUUCUGAUUUUAUUUGUUCCCUCACAAGUUGGAGUAGCCGAAGCCAACCGCCACCUACGUAAAAAUUUGCGUUUGGAUUGCGAUUACAAUCUUUCUCCUCCUCCUAACAUGGCACCUCCAAUAUUUGUACCACCUUCUAGAUCAUCCAAAGGAAAAGGCCCAUAAACAAUCUUCGUUUUGCUCAAGUAGAGAAGAAGUGUGAUCAAGAUUACAUGUACAGCGUGAAAGAAGAACGGUCAACAUUAUGUAAAAAGAACCAAACGAAGAAAAGAAAAACAAUAACAAUGAAAAGUCAAGAUUAAUAUGUCUCAUACAAGUUUGGACGACCAGCUUUUCAGAUCAUGUUGGAUUAUAUAAACCAUACAGUUUGUAUAUAUGAUUAUGUUUGUAUGCUAUAUAAUAAAGUAUCUAUAGAUAAAACUA